AUGGAAGCGCUCAAAGCUGAGAUCGCUGCCAAGAGGAAAGCGCUCGAGACGGACCCGGUGAAGGAUGCGCGGCCGACGAAGUAUCUGCGCAGAGGCGAAGUCGAGCGACUGAGGGAAGAACAAUUGCGCAAGGAGAAGGAGGAGAAGGAGGCCGCAGCGCGCGCGGAAGCCGAGCGUAAAGCAGAGGAAGAGGCGGCGAAGGCGAGACAGAAAGCCCAGUCGCGGACCGCUAGUCACUCUCCCAUGCCCGAGGAUGGCGCUGACGGCGUGAAGUCGGAGGCGUUCAACAUCUCCGCGGAGGAGACCGUACGGCGUUUGCGAGCCAAGGGCCAGCCUAUCCGCCUCUUCGGCGAGUCGGAUAAGGAGCGCAGGCUACGAUUACGUGCAUUGGAGCUUAUUGAGGAGAAGGAACAUGAUAAGCAUGGCGGGCAGAAUGACUUCCGAAAGGCGUUAGAGGAGGUGGAGAGUCGGGAUAGGGAACUCAAAGCGAAGGAGGGCGAAACGAAGGACAAGAAGAAGACGGAAGCGGAGGCGGCAGCGUCGGCCGUUCUGGACUUGGGUCUCGUCAAGACAGACCCAAAGAAGUUGUACCCUAUCAUCUACCAUGCGCUCAAGCGGAUGCUCAAGGAUUGGGAAGAGGCCAUGGAUGAGCGGCCUGAAUCCGUCAAGCGAACGCAUCAGGGCAAGCUCGCCGCGGCGACACAAAAGCAAUCAGCCGAGUAUCUCAAGCCUCUUUUCAAGAUAUUACGUCAGAGGGAGUUACCCGACGACGUGUUAGCGCGCCUCGCGGAGAUCGUGCACUAUACCCAGAAACGGCAAUACCAGAAAGCUAAUGACGCGUACUUGCGACUCUCCAUCGGCAACGCACCAUGGCCUAUUGGAGUUACCAUGGUUGGUAUCCACGAACGGUCGGCACGCGAAAAGAUUUCGGCAGACCAGGUCGCCCAUGUGCUCAACGACGAAGUCAGCAGGAAGUACAUCCAGAGCUUAAAACGUUUGAUCACCUUCUCCCAAACCAAAUACCCGCCCGAGGAUGUCUCGCAGCUCAUGGGAUAG